AUGACGCGACAAAAUAUUCCCCAGAGUGUACAACGAGAUUCUACUUCUCUCCAAAAUAUUCCUGAUAAUACAUUAAGAAGUGUCUCUCGGAUUACUAAUCAAAACAAUACUCUUCCAGACAAACUUCAAGAUAUUCAAAAAAAUAUCAACUGUCAAGAAAAUUGUCAGCAAAUAAUUGCAGACAAUGAUACAUUACAUGAAACAUUUAAAGAUGUUCAUACAAAAUUUAAUUCUCAUCCUUAUAUUACCCCGCCAGAUACUCCAAGUGAAGAUACGUCUCC